CACAACGCUGCUGCAACACCGCAAAAGGCAGCUUGGUCCCUAAGAUUCUUCGAGAACGAUCAGCAAAAAGGUUCUGCGCGAACCAGGCUCAGACUCUUGCGGUAUUGGUGCGAGGAUAGUUCGUUCUGGUCGGCUCCUCCUGUCGAAAACUCCGCCGCCCGCCGUAUGUUCAUCCUAGAUUUAGACCACGGUGGAAUGGUGCUUGGAAAGUUUUCUGAUAUCUGGCUGUCCCUGAAGAGACGACUGCAGCACAGCUCUCUGCAUGUUCCUUGAGCGGCAACUCUCCCCAGAAACCCGCCCGACUGGGGAGAGCCCGAUCCGAGGAGAACUCCGCCCGAUCAAGCUGCCAACGGCUUAACAGCUUAACUAUAAGCCUUCCAACGAUGGCAGCUCCGUCACACAACCCAUUCCCACGUUCCCCCAAUCCAUCCACGAGGUCGUAUGACUCUUCUUCGGUCUCUUCGGCAACUUCUCCUCGCCCACAAGUCCAACAGCUUCUAGGAAACUUAAUGGGCUCAAACGUGAGGUCGAAUACCGCCCAAACUCCACAGCCCAUAGGCAUUCCGCCAUUGCCUCCAGCUACCCAGACAGGCUUUCAACCCUACACGCCGGUAACGGCGACCUCAGUGAUGGGUCGAGACUCGUUACCCCCAGCCGAGUCGGUCGCGAGUACUCCGGGACUUUCUAGCGCCCAGCUGUCGGCAAACGUAUCAGCACAGAAGCGCGCCUACCGCCAGAGGAGGAAGGAUCCAAGCUGCGACGCCUGUCGGGAGAGAAAGGUCAAGUGUGACGCCACAGAAACAACGAGUUGUUCAGAAUGCUCCAGCCGCAAUGUCAAAUGCCAAUUUACAAAGGAGACCAACCGGCGCAUGUCGUCUAUCAAACAAGUGCAAGACCUCGAGAAACAGAUAGAAAGAGUGCGGAGGGAGAAUAGUAAUCUAAGGCGCACGUUGGCUGAAAGGGGUGAGCAUAUGGAUGUUGAUGCUGAAAAUGUUGAGCAAAUACCCCAGCAGUUUCUUCCGGACUUGAACUCUGAACCAAGAAGACGGAGGAGAGCAGCACCUCCCAUACAAGAUCCAUCCCGAGCGAGGGUAGCUCUCCGAAACUUCUCGAAGGGCGUCCUAAAGCCGCCGCCCCCAUAUCGACAGCCGCCGACGGUCACUGUCACGUUCGACCAUCCCAGACCACUACUACCUCCUAAAGUCACUGUAGACAAGCUCCUUCAUACUUAUUACGGGGCCGCACAUAUUAUGAUGCCAAUUCUACAUUGGCCGACGUUGCAACAUCAGGUAGAGGAGCUCUAUCAAAAUACCACUAACAUACAACGGGUUCCCAUAUCCUGGCAUUCUAUGUUCUUUUCUGUGUUGGCAGUCGGAAGCCUAUUUAGCAACGACCCGUAUCCGGACCGGACGCUGCGCGCAGGCGAAUUUUUAGAGGCAUCACGAAGCUUGGUAGAUCCUUGGAAUGAUGACUUUGACCUCGACAACGUCCGGACUUCGUUCCUUAUCUCGCUUGCGUUAAACGAACUGAACUUGAAGUCUGCGGCUUGGACUUGGCUGGGUAGUGCCGUGCGAAGUGCGCAAGACCUCGACCUCCACCUAGAAGUGCUUGGGGUGCGUUCCAGAGUAGAGGCGGAUAUGAGGCGGCGGGUUUGGUGGGCAAUAUACACGCUCGAUCGAAUGCUGUCCAUGGACCUCGGGCGCCCUUUCAUGAUAAACGAUGCCGAUUGCGACGUGGCGCUCCCCGAGCCGUUUGACGAUCAUUUCCUCCAUACCGAGGGUCCCGUGCACCCCCCAAAUGCCAUCCCCCUAACUCACUUCCUACACAGUAUUAUCAAUGUAGUUCGGUCCUUUUCCGCCAUAAGGGAAGCCUUCGCCAGUGCCGUAAUUGAGCCGGCGCGGCUCGCGACAUUUGACAGCCACUUCGUCGCUUGUCAGAAGAUGUUUCCGGAAUCAUGCGAAGCAAAUAAUGCCUCUCUAGUCGCUCCUCACGUACUAAUGCCGCUUGCGUACCUCCUUAGUAUUCGUUUACUUGUACACCGCCAUAAUCUCGCCCCCGGAUGCCCUAUAGAAGCUCGAAGCGACGCAAUUCAGCAGUGUAAAGUCACUGCGAUAGAAACGGCGAACUUGAUUGCUAGGAUCAACUCGACGCUUGCAGAUACCGCCACGAGUCUCCUAGUAACUCACAUAUUUCGCUCUACGCUAUUUCUACUCUUCACGGGCUAUUAUGAACUCGCAUCUACAUGUCUAAGAGCUCUCAAGUCGAUUGACGCGCGACGAGACGUCGCCAUUCCCUGUGGUCGCUUUUUAUCUUUCUUCAUACAGGUACUAGAGGCUAAGCAACGCGAAUUAUUAUCCGUUCUCUCGCGUUCAACUACGCCUAAUUACCCUCCUCAAGCGGCUAUACCUAAUCCUAGGGCCGUCCAAGAUACGCUUUUAAAAGACGAGGAGCUUCUCAUAUACGUAAGCAUGGAUAUGCAGGCCAGCACAGAAACGGCCUGGGUCUGGUUCGGUGCGGAGCGCGAGGUGCCGUUGACAAUGCCUGCAUCAACGGUUGGAGGUGGUCUAACCCAUCCGGAUAGGCGAACUGGUCUAAAUGCCAAAGAGAGGGAGGAUUGGGGAGGAUGGGAUAACCUAAUAGAGCUUAUUAGAGGUCUUUCUUCCGGGGCCGCGAGCCCUGCUACUUAUCCGCCUCGAGCACAGACGCUUCCGCCCAUUAAGGUGGAGCAAGGAGCGAAUAUACCAGGAAAUAUGCUCGGAAGUGGUACGGUUGAAAUCGGCAGCAGUAGAAAUAGCCCAACUGCUGGAACAGCGUCGGGGAGUCGCAGUACGGAGAGAAUAAGCAUUGCAAACAUAAUCUAACAACAGCCAAGAUGCUUCCAGCUUGUUCUAACAGGCUAAGAAAAUAAAUUCUAAAAGCGGAGGAGAAUAGCCGCCGGACGAUACCCGACGAGGUUACGAAUUUGACGAACGAACGAACAAAUACUCUUUUUAUCCUUCGGAACAGGAGUAUUCUUUAAAAGUUCCGCGACGCAUUUGUACGACUGUAUUUAUAUACCAUUCUUAGCAUCACUACGGUAAUACCCUUUUUUUUCGACAAGGUGCUAGUAGACAUGUGUUAGGGGGGAGGUUGGG